AUGACAGCGGAUGACCCAUCAGCUGACGUUGAAUUUCUAACAAGGAUUGCCUCAAUCGAGUCCAAGAUCAGAAAAAUAAGUGAUCUUGUACCCAUCUCAUCUUGGGGCUUCAGUGCCGAUGUACAGGAAAAAUUACGCCAAAGAAAACAUCGCAUAGUGAAUCAGCAACUCACAGCAAAGGAGAAAAAGAUGCUUCCUAAUAGUAGGAAGCAACAGGUAGCUCGAACCGUAGGUGGAGUAUGCCGACACGUUACAGAAGUGAUUGACCUUCUGGGAGCGUCUGCUAAGGGUGUGCAACCGAAAAAGGCAAGCUUCCCUGUAAAAGAAGACAAUCCGAAGGGCAACAGUAACAACGAUAAUAAGAAGGAGAACAUUGAGAAGCUGGAGAAUAGUAGACAACUCGACCAGUCGCUUGAUGUAUUGGAGCAACGUGAAAUGGCCAUACGUAAAUUGCAAGAAAAACUGAAGGUUAUGAAAGCGAACCGACAAAGCAAGAAGAAAGCGUCAGUUGACUCAUCGGUUGCGCAGAAGUUUGAACAAGAAAGGAAGUUGAAACGUCGUGUGAGCAAAAUGAAAAUGAAGCAGAGGAGGUCCGAAGAAAAGCGGCAAAAAGAGAACGGGAAUGCAGAGAACAAAACGGAAGUGAAAAAGGCUAAGGAGGAAAUAGUUUCAUUCUCAAAGUUUGACUUCCUUGUCAAAGCCGAAGGAAAGAAAAAGAGACUUAGUACAUCAGAAAAGAAACAGAAGUUUACUGGAAAAGAUUACAAAUCUCUUCUAAAUAAGGUUGAGAAGAGGGAAGAGAAGCUGGAGAAAUUACGCGAAAAGGAACCGAAGCUUGCCAUAGAGAUGGAAGAUGACAUCAGGUGGAAUCGCGCUGUGAAGAAAGCUCAAGGAGUCAAAGAUAAUGCAGAAAUGCUAAAGAAAGGCCUAAAGCGCAAGGAAAAAAUGAAGGAAAAGAGGAAGGAACAGUGGGCAGAUCGAGAAAAGAAAGUGGAAAGAGAAAAGGCAAAGAGGCAAGAAAAACGCAUGGAAAAUCUGCAAAAACGAAUAGAUCUUAAGAAGAAGAACAAACUUAAAGUAAUGAGAAAGAAAGGACGCAUUUUGUGA